UCCAAGACGAGCUUGUUUCCAUUCAUUGAGGAAACUCAGAACCAAGAACCAAGAAAAAGAUGAUCCAAAUCAAGUUUGUGUAUUUUCUCUUCGCCGUAAUGGCACUCGUUGUCCUGGGCGGCAGCGUGGUCAAGGCUGAUUGCCUUUCCGGGAAGUUCAAAGGUCCUUGCGCUGUUUGGGAUAAUGAGCGGUGCCGGCGCAUCUGUGGGGAGGAAGGACGACAAACUGGACACUGCAGUCCUAGUCUCAAGUGCUGGUGCGAAGGUUGCUAAAAUGUGACUUUAAAUUUGGAUAUAAAUAAUUAAAAAUAAAUCCACAGAGAACGUUGUAAAAUAUAUUAAAUACACGCCUCAUCACGAAAAAAUACAUCAAUAAAUACAUCACGAUUUUGAUACAGAA